CACGAGAGCGCGCUGCACCGAGCAUCGAGCACGCGUAAUGCGCGCACCCGCUGCACAGAACACCUGCCCGCGCUGCCGCGUCGGAGGACUGAAUACGGAAUUUAUUUACCAUUUUUUGAAGGGAAACCAGCUUUGAUCUGGUUUUUAUUUUAAAAAGAAAGCAAACUGUAUGCCCUUAUCAUUUUCGAAGCGCAAGUCUCUGAUGUGUGCACGCGUCUUUAGCGCAGUGGAGGAGAGCAGGAGCGUCUGUCUGUGAUGCGCUGUCGUCAUUAGUUCAGUGUGAUAGAGUGUGUGUGUGUGAGGGAGCAUGAGUCCUCUGGCUCUGCUGGGUCGGAGCGUGCGCUAUGUGCUGCUGCGGCCGCAGACUCUGCUGCUCCUCGGCGGUAGUCUGGUUCUCUGGAGCGUCCUCGAGGUGAAGACCAUCCUGCGCUCCAGCCGCGACGCCGUCAGCAUGAUGAAGGGCAGGGUGGCGGAGAUGAUGCACAGCGAGGGGAUGCUGCAUGAGGAGUUCUCCAAGACGUGGCAGCACAAGAGCAGCGGCGCAGCGGUGUACUCCAUCCAGGGCAGGAGGGAUCACAUGGAGGACAGGUUCGACAUCCUCACAGACGCACUCAACCAGAGCCAUACCAACAUCUACGGCGUCUUCGAUGGGCAUGGAGGAGAGACGGCAGCGGAGUAUGCCAAGUCGCAUCUUCCCGUCAUGUUGCGUCAGCAGCUUCAGCGUUACGAGACGCAGAAGGAGAACAGCGCUGUGACCCGCCAGUCCAUCCUCAGACAGCAGAUACUCGACAUGGACAAAGAGAUUCUGGAGAAACUGUCCGCCUCCUUCGAUGAAGCCGGCACCACGUGUCUGGUGGCUCUGCUGUCUGAGCAGGAGCUGACUGUGGCUAAUGUUGGCGAUUCGAGGGCGGUUCUGUGUGAUAAAGACGGUAAUGCUGUCCCGCUGUCACAUGACCACAAACCCUACCAGCUCAAGGAGCGGAAGAGAAUCAAGAAAGCAGGUGGCUUCAUCAGUUUUAACGGCUCAUGGCGUGUGCAGGGCGUUCUUGCCAUGUCACGUUCACUCGGCGACUACCCGCUGAAGAACCUGAACGUGCUGAUCCCUGACCCCGACGUGCUGACCUUUGACCUGGACAAGCUACAGCCUCAGUUCAUGAUCCUGGCGUCAGAUGGACUCUGGGACGCCUUCAGCAACGAGGAGGCCGUGCAUUUCAUUAAAGAGCAUCUGGAUGAGCCGCACUUCGGUGCGAAGAGCAUCGUCCUGCAGGCGUUUUCCCGCGGCUGUCCAGACAACAUCACCGUGAUGGUGGUCAAGCUCACCAAGAGAGGCUCCAAGGCCGCCGGGCAGUGAAGGAGACUCCGCUCUCACGUGUAAUAAGGGAAUGAAAACAUCUCGUAAUCAAUGAAUGAAUAUCAUUAUGCAUAAGUUUAACAUUAGAAAAAAAUGUAUUUUUUGGAGAAGCAACUGUUUGUAUUUAAAUUGGAUAUUACAAAUCUAAGCAAUUACUUCCUCAUUAAAGGAACAGCUCCCCUAUGGAACAUAAAAAUAGAUCUUUAUGCAGCUCUUUCAUAAAAAAAAAAAAACCUGUUCUUUUCUGUUAAUACGGAGACAUUUAUAAUGAGCUAAAGUUAAAUCUCUUCUGUAUGUGGUGAUCAUUUCUGCACAUACUGCAGAAAAACACCUUCAUAUAUUUCAGGUAUAUCUGACUUACAGUCUGUCACAGCCUUGACUUAUAAUUCAGUAAUCAUUGGAAGAUUCGAAUCCAAGUACAGUACGUUGCCUUAUUUUAACUAACACGCUCUUAUUAUGAAUUUAUUUGCCAAAAGUGUUGUGUUGUCCAGAAUUUGUGUUUACGGUGUCCGCAAGUGUCAUAUGCACAUCGAAAUUCAAUCUGUUGAUGUCUUUCUGAGACAAAGAAUAACAAAAGGAAUGUUUAUAUUAAAUAUUAACACAAAGUGAACAUGUAAAUGAUGCAUCUUACUCUUCUUUAGUACAUGACUAAAAAGAGACUUUUCAUUAAAAGGCUGUUAUAUGUUGAAGAAUGGCUGAGUACAGUUUGUUUUGUUGCGUUAAUGAAACUGUUAAAAGGGGAACAUUUAAUGUAAUUAGUGAAAAGCAAAAACAUAAAACUGUAAUAAAAAUAUAUAUGGAUGAAA